AUGGCGGCUCAGGGGGAGUACCGGCGCCUGGAGGACUUCGAGGAGGACUCACCCCCCGGCGAGGAGGAGCUGCUGGUGCAUGUCACCGAGGGGCUGCAAGACUCCUGGCACCACAUCAAGAACCUGGAUAAUUUCUUCACCAAGAUAUCCUUGCAGGGCCCCUGCCUGGCCGCUGCCCAGCCCUGCCCGCGGCCAGCACUGCGGCGGGGAGGGCAGUUCCUGUUCGUUGUCACCUUCACCACCUUCCUGCUGUGCUGCGUGGAGUACGACGUCCUCUUCGCCAACCGGCCGCUCAACCACAGCCACGCCGGGGGAGCAGCCCCUGACCGCAGCAAGGUGACGCUGCCCGACGCCGUCCUGCCCGCCCCGCAGUGCGCCCAGAGGAUCCGGGCCAGCGGCUGGAUCAUCUUCCUGCUGGUGAUGGCGGCCGUCUUCUGGCUGUACCGGCUGGUGAAGGUGCUCUGCAGCCUGCUGAGCUACUGGGAGAUCCGCACCUUCUACAUCAAAGCCCUCAACAUCCCCUCGGAGGGGCUGUGCAACUACAGCUGGCAGGAGGUGCAGGCGCGGCUGAUCUCGCUGCAGCGCCGGCAGCAGAUGUGCGUGCACAAGAAGGAGCUGACGGAGCUGGACAUCUACCACCGCAUCCUGCGCUUCAAGAACUACACGGUGGCCAUGGUCAACAAGUCGCUGCUGCCCGUCCGCUUCCACCUGCCGCUGCUCGGCCCCGUCGUCUUCCUCACCCAGGGCCUCAAGUACAACCUGGAGCUGCUCCUCUUCUGGGGGCCCGGCUCCCUCUUCCAGAACAAGUGGAGCCUGCGGCCACAGUGCAAGCGGGUGGGCGCCCGGCGGGAGCUGGCCCGGCGCCUGGCACGUGCCAUGGUGUUGCUGGGGCUGGCCAACCUGCUGCUCUGCCCCUGCGUGCUGGUCUGGCAGCUCCUCUACGCCUUCUUCAGCUACGCCGAGGUGAUCAAGCGGGAGCCGGGCAGCCUGGGCGCCCGCCGCUGGUCCCUCUACGGCCGCCACUACCUGCGCCACUUCAACGAGCUCAACCACGAGCUGCAGGCGCGGCUGAGCCGCGGCUACAAACCGGCCACCAAGUACAUGAACUCCUUCACCAGCCCGCUGCUCACCGUGCUGGCCAAGAACGUCGGCUUCUUCGCCGGCUCCAUCCUGGCCGUGCUCAUCGUCCUGACCGUCUACGACGAGGAUGUGCUGACGGUGCAGCACAUCCUCACCGCUAUCACGCUGCUGGGGCUGGUGGUCACUCUGGCCAGGUCCUUCAUCCCCGACGAGCACACGGUGUGGUGCCCGGAGCAGCUGCUGCAGCGCGUCCUGGCCCACGUCCACUACAUGCCCGACCACUGGCAGGGCAACGCCAGCCGGUCGGAGACGCGCAGCGAGAUGGCACAGCUCUUCCAGUACAAGGCGGUCUUCAUCCUGGAGGAGCUGCUAAGCCCCAUCCUCACCCCCCUCAUCCUCAUCUUCGCCCUGCCCGCCCGUGCCCUGGACAUCGUCGACUUCUUCCGCAACUUCACGGUGGAGGUGGUGGGGGUGGGCGACAUCUGCUCCUUCGCCCAGCUCGAUGUCCGCAACCACGGCAAUCCCCAGUGGCUGUCGGCCGGGCAGACGGAGGCCUCUGUGUACCAGCAAGCGGAGAAUGGGAAGACGGAGCUGUCGCUGAUGCACUUCGCCAUCACCAACCCACGCUGGCAGCCGCCGCCGCCGAGCGAGCUCUUCCUCAGUCAGCUGAAGGAGAAGGUGCAGCAGGACGCGGCCGCCGCGCCGCCCGCCCAGCGCAUCCUGGCCGAGGGGCCGCUGGGCGCUUCCCUCCUCUCCGACGACUCGGCAGUGGCGCCGGACGGCUUGCUGGCCAGCGUCCUGGCCCGGCCCAUCCUCUCGGCCAGCGGGCUGGUGUCCUGGGACCGGCGCUUCGCCCAGCCCUGCAGCACCGCCAGCGCCGCCGCCAGCGUCCUGGCCUCCCUGGCGUCACCGCUGCCCGGGCGGACACGCGGCACCUCUGCCGAAAGCCCCGGCUGCCACAGCGACCGCCCGCUCACCGAGGAGAGCCUGCUCCUGAGUGAGUCGCGGCUGCGCAGCUUGAGCCGCUCGGCGCUGCUCUCCGAGGUGGCCUCGGCCGAGAUGAGCCUCCACGCCAUCUACCUGCACGAGGUGCGUCCCCCGGCGUCCCCCUGGCCACGCGCCCCCGGCUCCCCUGCCCGCGGCACCCCUGGGACACGGGUCCCCAGCCGUGCCCGGCUGCUCCCGUGCCGGGCUGGCCCCUGCGCUCCCUGCUCUGCUGUGUGA